AUGUUCAACAACAUGUCCAUCAAUGCACAUCUGAAUGACAACCUGUUCUUAUGUAAAGAUGGUAAUGUGACCCAUAAUUUGUUUCCGGUACGAAACAUUUUUAGAAAGUGUUCAUUGUGCAGGAGUCGGAAUUUUCGUUGGUGGACCAAGAUGGUCAAGUGCAGAGAAUGUAACUUAUUAUGUCACGGAAAAUGUUUUUCUAAACUGAUCACCGAGGAGAUGAAUGCAACGGAGGUACAGGGUGCAAUACCUACAACAGAGGCACUAGAUGCAAUACCUGAAACAGCAGAUCACCAGCAGCUGACCGUACAGCAGGUACGACGCAUGAUAUAUUAUGUAGUAAAAAUUGUUAGCUGAAAAAAAUUUAAACAGACGAACAAUAAAUAA